AUGCACGUCCUUUCUACACUCCUUCCCAGUCUGGGCCUUUUUGCUCAGCUCAGCACUGCAGCUUAUACCCUGCUCGAUGAUUAUGGUACCGACUCGACCUUCUUUGACAAGUUCUCUUUCUACACUGAUGACGACCCCACCGAAGGAUAUGUGACCUAUGUCGAUCAGUCCACGGCCACUACCGAUGGUCUAAUUAGCGCUUCGGAUGGCGCUGUCUACAUUGGCGUUGAUAAUACCAAUGUUGCUAGCGGUUCCGGUCGCAGCAGUGUCCGUCUCACCAGUACCGCCACCUACAAUGAGGGUCUUGUGAUUCUGGAUUUGGAACACAUGCCCGGUAGUGUUUGUGGUUCUUGGCCCGCAUUCUGGAUGCUUGGCAGCGAUUGGCCCAACAAUGGCGAGAUCGACAUUAUCGAGGGAGUCAACCAAGACAACACCAACCAGAUGACCCUGCACACCAGCGAUGGUUGCACCAUCAACAACUCCGGCUUCUCCGGUACCCUCGACACUAGUAACUGCUACGUCGAUGCUUCCGGUCAAACCAGCAACGCUGGCUGCGCUAUCACCGACUCUUCCACCCAGUCCUACGGUGAUGGGUUCAACAGCGCCGGCGGCGGUGUUUACGCUACCGAGUGGACCAGCUCAGCUAUCAACAUCUAUUUCUUCCCUAGCUCCAGCAUUCCCUCCGAUAUUACCGCUGGUACUCCCGAUCCUACUACUUGGGGAACUCCUUCCGCUAGCUUCGCUGGUAGCUGUGACAUUAGCUCGCACUUCAGCAAUCUCCAAAUCGUCUUUGAUAUUACCUUCUGUGGUGAUUGGGCUGGUAAUGUCUGGAGCUCUGGAAGCUGCUCCACCCAGGCUAGCACUUGCGAUUCUUACGUUCAGAACAACCCCACUGCUUUCAAGGAGACUUACUGGAGCGUGAACUCCCUUAAGGUUUACCAGGAUAGCAGCAGCACUAAGCGCGAUGAUGUCUCUCACAAACACGCUGCUGCUCAUGCUAAAGGUCGUCGUGCGCCCCGUCCUGGACCUCGUCCGUCUUUGACUGAGCGUCGCGAUACUCUGAAGCACGAGCACUAG